AUGGCCAGCCUCCCCACCACCCGCCUGUCCCGAGACCCGUGGCCAGCCUCGCCCUGCCUCCUGGGACUCGUGGCCAACCCGUUCCGCCUGUCCCAGGACACAUGGCAGACCUCGCCCACCCGUCCCGGGACUUGUGACCAGCCCCACCCACCCGUCACGGGACACAUGGUGGACCUUGCCCUUCUGUCCCAAGAUCUGUCGCCAGUUCGGCCUGCCCAUCCAGGGACAGGUAACAGACCUUGCCCGCCAUCCCAGGACCCGUGGCUUGCGCCGCCCGCCCAUCCCGGGACACAUGAUGGACCUCGUCUGCCUGUCCCGGGAACUGUUGCCAGCCCCACCUGCCCGUCUUGGGAGAUGUGGCGGACCUCACCCACCUAUCCCAGGACCUGUGGCCGGCCCUCGACUGCCCAUCCCAGGACCCGUGACGGACCUCACCCGCCUGUCCCAGGACCCGUGGCCAGCCUGCCUGCCUGUCCCGGGACACGUAGCAGACCUCGCCCGCCCAUUCCCAGGACACUUGGUGGACCUUACCCUUCCCCUUACUCUCCCAUCCUGGGACCUGUGGUGGCCCUGCUCACCUGUCACAGGACAAGGCGUGGACCUCGCCCGCCCAUCCCAGGAUACGGCAGACCUCGCCCACCGGUCCUGGUACCCAUGGCCGGCCCCGCUAGCCCAUUCCAGGACACAUGGCAGACCUCGCCCGCCCAUGCCGGGACCCGUGGCCGGCCCCGCCUGCCUGUCCCGGGACACAUGGCGGACCUCAUCCGCCCAUCCCAGAACCUGUGGCCAGCCCCACCUGCCCGUCAAGGGACACGUAGUGGACCUCGUCCACCCAUCCCAAGACCCGUGACCGGCCCUGUCCGCCCAUCCCAGGACCUGUGGCCAUCCCCAGCCAUCCGUCCCAGGACACAUGGCGUACCUCGCCCACCGGUCCCAGGACCCUUGGCUGGCCCCGCCCGUCCGUCCUGGGACAUGUGA